CGAGUCCACCAAGGCACCAACAAAUGCCACCCUUGCACUGGAGAUAAGAAAGUCGUAUCAUCCGGCCUCGCGCUUUUGACUUGGGAACUGGGAGGCAAUGUGGGCUACCAUCAAGAUUCGCGUUGGAUCGUUUCCUCUGGCGGCACUGACUGGCAUGAUUUUCAAAGCUUCAAGGGAAAAGCAUCGGCAUGCCGUCUCCAAAGAGCGCCAAGUGAGGGAAGAAGACGCAAAAUUCAGGGGUGCUGGAAAUGGGAUCCCCAGAAAGAGAGGCAGAAGAAGAAGAAGAAGAAGAAGAAGGAGUCUCAGUGGGAGACGGUAGAGGGACGUGGAAGCACGCAGCUUUCCACGUAGCCACCACUAUUGCCACCCCUGCUGCUUACGCUCCUCUGCCCUUUGCUCUCGCUUCCCUUUCUUGGCCUCUCGGCGUGACUAGCCUGGUGAUUGCAACGCUAGCUACCUGGUACUCGAGUAUAUUAAUCGCUUCUUUAUGGAAAUGGAAUGGGGAGAAGCACCUUACCUACAGACAACUUGCGCGCGGUAUUUUCGGUUCCUGGGGGUACUGGUCUAUUGCCUUGUUUCAGCAGGUAGCUUCUCUGGGAAACAACAUUGCCAUUCAAAUUGCUGCUGGGAGCAGCCUUAAGGCAGUUUACAAACACUAUCACAAGGAUGGCGCAUUGACUCUGCAGCAUUUUAUCGUGUUCUUUGGACUCUUUGAGCUUGUCCUCUCCCAGCUCCCUGACAUCCACUCGCUAAGAUGGGUUAAUGCAUUUUGCACUUUCAGCACUAUUGGAUUUGCUGCUACAACCAUUGGUGUCAUUAUUUAUGAUGGGAAGAAGAUGGACAGAACAUCAGUGAGUUACAGUUUUCAGGGCAGUUCUGCCUCCAAGUUCUUCAAGGCCAUCAAUGCCCUUGGGGUCAUUGCCUUUUCAUUCGGAGAUGCAAUGCUUCCAGAAAUACAGAACACAGUGAGAGAACCAGUAAAGAAGAAUAUGUACAAAGGUAUAUCAGCAGCAUAUAGCGUCAUUGUUUUGAGUUACUGGCAGUUGGCCUUCUUUGGAUAUUGGGCUUUUGGAUCAGAAGUUCAGCCUUACAUCUUAGCUUCGCUGUCUAAUCCAGAAUGGACUGUCAUUAUGGCUAACCUGUUUGCAGCAAUCCAAAUAUCAGGAUGCUUUCAGAUAUAUUGCAGGCCGACGUAUGCCUAUUUUGAGGAAAGAAUGGUGUCCAAUCAUGAAUCUAGAAACCAUUUCUCGACAAGAAGCCGCCUUGUAAGGCUUUGUUUUACUUCUAUAUACACGGGCCUUGUGACUCUGAUUGCUGCAGCUAUGCCCUUUUUUGGGGACUUUGUGUCAAUAUGUGGGGCUAUUGGGUUCACUCCUCUAGACUUUGUCUUCCCUGCUUUAGCCUACCUCAAGGCAGGAAAUAUGCCAAAGAACACCAAAAUUAGGGUUUUAAUGCAGCUUCUGAAUGUUUUUUUAGUUUUCUAUUUCUCCAUUGUGGCUGUCCUGGGUUGCAUAGGAGCUAUUAGAUUUAUAGUGGAAGAUGUCAGCACCUACAAGUUUUUCCAUGAUAUGUGAAAGCUGUUUCCCUGCUGCAUUCUGCUGAUACAGUUGUUCUUUCACAAACGAAGCCUGUAAAAUCAUUCCACUAUCUGGAAUCUUAUGUUGCCUUCAAGGCUUUAAUGCGUU